GUCAUAAACUGUCGCGAAACUGAUAGCGCAAAUUCACACUCGUCUGAUCCCGAUCUUGGGUCAAAUCAAAUAAGCUCAAAAUACAAAUAAUACAAAAUACAAAUUAAUUUCGUAUUUAUUCACUAAAAUGGAACAAAAUUACUGCUCAAUUUGUCUACUUUGUCUUAUAGUAGAGGAGGGCAAGUAAAGUACCCUGGCGGACACAAUAAUAAACAGGCUGCAUAACUGGACGUAUUGGUGAAAAAUGGGCUUGAGCGGCAAAGGGAACUGCAACCAGCACAAAGUUUGGGAACGACCCUUACUUCUGAGUAUUUGCAUCGUUCCGAUAAACACUUUUUUAUUGAUAUUUAAGCGCAUGGCUUACAAACUGAAUACCUUUAAUGUUUGCGUUUGAUAAUAACGAUCGCCAUACUGGUAUACGAUAUAUACUGGGAAAGCUUAACUCAUAGCAACCGUGCCUGGAAGCAACCCUGGCCAAAACAUCGAUAACGAUAACAUCACUAAAUUUGAUAACACUGGCUGAAAAAAAAAAAACAAACAAAUUUAAUUAAUAUUUAUAAAGAAAUAAACAAGGUUUCAAAAGAGCUGAGAAUUAAAAUGUUGAUAGUUAAAAUGAUGACAAUUAUGCUUUUAUUAGCAUUUACUGCUUUUCUGGCCCCUGUGGAAGCAAAAUAUCUUAAAUGUCCCGAAUCGACUACAAAAUGUGGAUGCUCCAUACGAGUCUCGAUCGAUAUCGAUGGACAUGCCUCUGCGGACUGCUCCAAUCAACCCAGCCUGGACUUUGAAUGUUUGGCAGCCUUGAAACCCAAAUCCCUGAAUCUCUCUGGCAAUAGUUUGAAGGAAGUCCCAUACUUGCUCAAUGACACCGGUUUCCAGCACUUGAAGCACCUCGAUCUGUCCAAUAACAACAUUGAAAUGCUCUCCCAAUGGAACUUCGGAUCAAUGCUUGGUCUGGAAAGCAUAAACCUCAGCGGAAACCAGCUAACAGACUUGCCCAGAUAUGCCGUAAAAGUAGACCUCAUUGACAUUAGCAACAAUAAUCUCACCGAUAUUGACAGUAUUAUAGGCCUGGUUAACACCCAGGCAAUAGUCAAAGGCAACCCAAUCAGGUGCAGGCCGAGCACUCCAAUGGUGAAGAGGAUUUACGACACGGGCAGGAAUGUUACUCUGGAUUGCAUUUAUGGAGACUCUGAAAUUCCCCGCCCCUUACCAAUCCAGUUGCGAGAUGAGGUCAACGAAAAUGAAACUGCGAGCAUGUGGAAUAUUUGGCACUUUCUAUACUUUAUAGUAGCUAUGCUGUUCGGAUUUUGUAUCUACAUUUAUCGUCUAGACUAUUGCAACUGAUGAAGUUUCUCAAAUGCAUUUAAUUAAAUUAAAUUAAUUGGCCGAAGCUCUCCACACAUCACUCAUAAAAUUAAUUCCGUCAAAGUAUUCUCUCCAUCAUAUCCCUCCUAUCUUCUAUUUUGAACUAAUUUGCCUUUUCCUUUUAAUGCAGUCUAUAGUAUAGUUCUUUUAAUAAUUACAAGUAUUAAAUAAAAGCAAGUUUAUGUGUUGAUGUGUGCGAGAAAUAG